CCCCGCAUAGUGCGUCCGUAUGAAAAAUGAUCAGAAUUUUAAAAUGCCGUUGUGGCAGACAAAUUAUUGAAUAGGGAGCCCCUAAGUUGCACGGCACGUUAGCUUGCACAUUGCUGCGUUUCACGGCAGCAUUCAGCAAGUAAAAUCGCUCUCCCUGCAUCCACCACCUAAAAUACGUAGCGCAAGGAGGGAGGCAGGGCUGGAGCGAAGCUCUAAAGCACCUUAGAAACAAAGACCUUGGUGGUGCUCUAGUGCUAAAGAAACAUCCAGUUUUAGGACUAUUUCAAGAGAAGCGAUAUAAUGUUUAUUAUUCCGGCUGUACUAAUAUAUAGUUGCAAUGGCAGGUUUUAGAACUUAGUGAAAGUCUUUUUGUCCCGAUUUUCUGCUUUCUGCUCACUCUCGUUGAAAUCAUUUUGCGAUCAGUAUGAGUGCAGAGUGUACGAGUUAUUACAGCACGGAAAAACUGUUCGUCAGUGGCUUCACCUGUCCCAAAAAGGAGGGCGACGCCAAUGCCAUUUUCUGCUGCGGAUUCAACGACAUAAAGUACUGCUGUGACGAUCCUAAUAGUUUUUUUCCCUAUGAAUAUGGUUACAUGUGGUGGCUCAGUGUGGGGGCACUGAUAGGCCUGUCCAUCGCCACCAUCGUUCUCCUGGCCUUCAUCGUCACAGUCUGCGUUUUUUGCUACCUCUUCAUUGCUGCCAAACCCAGUCGGCUAGACAAUGGACUCCAACUGCAGGCUCCGGGUUCCAGCGCUUCAGAAGAGCCUGGCCUUUGCAGCGCCCCCGGUGGACCACAGGGAUUCCGCAAGCACUUCCUGAGCCGAAAGCUGGACUGCGACAAUCAGGUCCCCGCGUCGGAUCGCAUCUUUCAGCGUUGCUUCUUGGCCACAGUCCCUGCCGUCAGUGUGGAGGGGCCCUAGCCUUGCCUGGCAUUAAGAAAAACACACCCCCUCUCCCCAGUGGUAAUCCUUUACUCCUUCGCAAGUAUGAGGCACCUUUAGGGAGGUGGGGCAGCACAUCUGUCCCAGGACCCCUCAACCGCACUAGGACCGCUGAGGAAUAUUGUGACCUGUCAGCUGUACACAAUGCUAAUGCUACAUAUGGAUUCAUUUUCCAUGCUCAGUCCCUACGCAUUUUCUUGUAAGUUUUUUUUGCACUGCAAGCAGCAUCCUAGGUAAGAUUUACUUGUUUUGUCGUUGAUCCACAAAGCUUUUUUUCAGUCCCCUACACUUUCUGCCGGGACUAAGUUUUAAGUGCAUUUGACGGGACCUGCAGAUGGACAGGCUGACAUUUUUAAUGUCGGAAGCCGCAGUGAAACGCCAUGCCAUCUUUCAGUUCCCAUUGCGUGCGGAUGCUGUCAAAGAAUGUCUACCCACGCUGUGUCACAGACCAAAGCCAUGCCAGGCACCUGGGGCUUACAGCCCUCGACUAGCUCAGAUGCAGCUGUCCUUCUACGCUGUGCAGGAGAACACUGCGCAAGAACUUAUAUUAUUCCUCUCUGAAGUACCAUCAUUCGAGAAAUAAGGUCAUUUAAUAAAAGCAAUUAAAGUUUUGAUAGGCUCUAACAGUUAGCAUUAUUCCGUUAUUUUCAUGCGUGGUUUAAUUUGACUUCCGAGAAGAUGUGUUGUGGAUUUCAGUAAUUGGCUUUUUUGUUGUCUGUGAGGAGUUGCAUCAGCCCGGGGCUGCAUGACUUGCAGUCGGAGAAUGUAGCUCCAGAUAAAGCAAAUAUUUGAAACUCUAUUUAACAAAAAUUACUAAUAAAAAGAUAAAGAAAAUAUAAAAUGAAACAUUCUGAAAUCCAUUCCAGAUGAAAUGUAAAUAGUAUAUUUGUUAGUGUUUGCUUGUUAUCUUACCACUGUGUAAUGAGCUGAAAUCAAACUGCAUCGUUUGCAAUAAUACUCUAAAAUAAAGAACUUCUGUAUUUGUC